UGAGACUUGGCAACGGUUUUCUUCGAACUGGUGCCGAGGUGUGACGUGGAUUUUGAAUUUUUCUAUUUUUCUAAAUUUCAAAAAGUGAGAAUAAGGAAAGAUCUUUCGCAAAAUGACGAAGCCACGCCAACCAGAGUCUGUUUGACCAUGCACAAGUAGUCUAAAAGACGAAAGCCGAGCUGUCACCAUGACAGAGCAACCUUCCUCAUCUUCAUUUCCCCGUGCUCUUCCUCCCUCUCGGUUGGGCAAGAAUCUUUCCUCACUGGAAGAAUUCACGGCCGCAACAAAUGCCGAUGCUACUCCAAGACCCAUCAAAGAAUACUCCCUUAUCGUGGUCACGACGACCUCCAAUGACAACACGAAAAAUAAACAAAUAUUGUUGGGCAUGAAACACCGAGGAUUUGGAAAGGGAAUGUACAAUUCCUUUGGUGGAAAACGAGAACCGCAAGAGACCAUUGAACAAUGCGCUUGUCGCGAGUUGGAAGAAGAAACGGGUAUUGCAGGCAUUGACACGGCAAAAAUGGCACAGUGUCGAGUGGGAAGCAUGCAUUAUACAUUUGAGGAUCAAACUACCAAAAUGUUGGUACAUGUCUUUCAUGUUCCUGUGAAUUAUUUGGCAGAGCCCAAACAUAAUCACGAUUCCAAAGAUACAACCAAUACCUCUACCAAUGCCGUUGUCACUAUUGAUCCAAACUGUAUCCGAGGAUGCGAAGAAAUAACGCCUCAAUGGUUCUCGUAUCCUCAGGAAAUACCACUCGACAACAUGUUUGCCGAUGACAGUCUGUGGUUGCCCCCGCUCUUGUCGGCAUUCUUUGAUAACAACCACAAUUCACUACAGAUUGAUGGGUGGUUCCACUUUUUGCCAGGUGGUCAACAAGUCAACUCCAUCCGACAUUACUUUAUGACUAUACGAAACAAGCAGACUCCACCCAAAUUCUCUCUCGAAAAACGACUCUUUCAUGCCCUCUGUUGCGACCGCAUGCACAACACUACCGUUAAAGAAUUCAAAGAAUCCUGGGCUUUUAUCAAUUCCGUUCGAUCCGUCUUUGGGAACAAGUAUCCAUUUGACGUUGUGAUUGAUGUCGCGGGAGGACACGGGGCAUUGGCUGCGCUGUGGUUGAUUCUGACACCAGCCACACGAGCCGUUGUCAUUGACCCGGCCAAUGUCGGCAAGGGAGCCGUGGAAACGGCAUGGAGACGGGACUUUUUAACAGACAAACGGUUGGAUUACCGACAUGAAGAUUUGAGGACGGGAUUGCCUAGUGAAUUGAACCACGUCUUGCAGCAACAACAAGUCGACCCACAGAGAGUCCUGGUAGUUGCCUGUCAUGCCUGUCAACACUUGUCGGAAGAAGUGCUGCAGAUUGUCCUUUGCCAAUUCCCCGGAGUGCAUGUGGCGGUCAUGCCCUGUUGUCAAAAGGAUACGUCGACCUCGAAUUGUUGGAAACAGGCCAGCAAAAAUUUGAACACCAAAUUCGAGACUGUCAUGGAUCUCUUGUUGGCGGGCAAGGCAAUGUCCUGGCAGGUGGGAGCGUCGUAUGAUGUGCGCCUCAAGACGAUCGAUCGGAACAUUACUCCUCAGAAUCGUGUCAUUGUGGCCAAAGCCAUUACUAGCAAGGUGGAAAACACGGGUGCAGAACGGGCAGCUGCACAUGAGAAACUGGCGUCCAUCUACGCAAGGGCUCAUGGUGCACCAAGAAAGGGGAGACAAUCCAACACGAAGCCGCAGGAAGGGUCUUCUUCAUGGUUGUCAUUGGAUCGCCCACAACCGAUAGUUGGGCUGUUGGGCGUGGCGCUUGGGUUUGCCUGUGGGUUUUGGGUAGCCACUGUGGGUAAUCAAAGAAGGAGAUAAAGUGGUUUUGCUGUUUAGUAUUGUUACUGUAUGCAAACUUCUCUAAUGUAGAAGAGUUUCUGCUUUUA